AUGCCACCGAAAUCAGCGAGCAAAAAGGAAAAACCAACGUGGUGGAACUGUGAAAAAUGUAAAACGUAUUUUCUAACAUCGGAACUAACCAAACACCAGACAGAUGAGUGUGGUAAUUUGGAAGGACUGAGUGGGUAUGUCGAACCGAGCGGAGCUUUCCAUUGUCGGAAGGUGGAGAUCGGCAAGCUGUCUUCGUACGAGGAAGUGAAACCGUGUACCGAUUCUCAACGGUAUGGUCUGGCGCUUCUGCCCAUUGGUAUUGUGAGGUGUCUGGGAUUGUCGACGGGCGACUAUGUUACGAUAGAGGUAACCGAAGGCAUCGAGAGAAAGCCCGUGGGAUCGGUGGUCCGAACUGUGUGGCCUGUUGAAGAUCGUGUUGGAGCGAAAGUUGCUCUUGAAACACUAGAUGAUAUAGAUGCACUGAAAGUACCGGCCCGCGACAUGAGAGUGAAAGUGUAUGCCAUCAGGGGAGAACAGUUGGAAGAUGCUGUUGAGAUUUUCCUCCACUUAGAAGAUCCUUCCCAAGCGAAGAUGUUUAGUAAAAAUGGAAAAUUUCUUUUCACCUGCUUGAAAAAUCAACUUCUUGAAAGCGUGAUUUUCACAAACAAUCCAAUUACUUUAAACGUAUGCAAUAAGAAGUUCCGAUUUCGGGUAGAUGAUACUCAAACGCAAGCGGUUAAUGAUGGCAUGGAACUAGCAGAUCAUUUGUCAAGACUACGCAUUGGAAGCCGUAUGCUUCGCAUUAUAAGAACCACAAAGCUGGUGUUACGAGAUGAUUCACAAGAGGUUGAACAGAAGCAUAAGCGUCGGGUACACAACCUGUCCCAUAUCGGCGGUUUGGAUAACACAAUUAACGAGAUGAAAGAGCUAAUAGAAAUGGCAUUUGGCAUCAAGUCCACAACAGCUUCCAGCGAACGUCCCCCGCACGAUUUUGGCCCGAUAUGUCGUGGGCUUCUACUAUACGGUGUGUCAGGCAUUGGCAAAACGAUGCUUGUUAACGCAUUGGCCACACACUACCAGUGCCACGUGAUCAGACUGAAUAGCUCGGAAAUGUUCAGCAAAUUCUACGGCGAAUCGGAAGCAAAUGUAUCACGCCAAUUUAUGGAGGUGUUUGACGUUCAUCCUAAACCCGCGAUGGUAAUCGUGGAAGAACUGCACAACCUUUGCCCGAAAAGCACAUCGACUGACAUUGUGAAACGGAUGUCACAACACUUUCUCAACCUCCUGGACAGCUUGCAUGGAAAUGCUCGUGGCAAUCGUGCGAUUGUUAUCGGAACAACGGAUAACAUUGACAGUAUCAAUCCAUUGCUGCGCCGUGGUGGACGUAUGGACUAUGAAUUUGAAAUUCCAGUACCUGAUGCGAUCGCUCGAGCUGCCAUACUUGCAGGUAUUCUUGCCCGCCAUAACCAACAGUUGGCUAGUGAAGCGGUGCAGACGGUCGCUCGUGUUACGCACGGUUACGUGGGAGCCGAUCUAGAAAAUUUGGUCUCAAAAGCAGUUUCAUUAUCCAAAACGGCCGUUAUCGAUGAGGCAUCCUUGAUGGCGGCCACGCAGCACGUGAAAGCGAGUGCGAUGCGAGAAAUAUUGAUUGAAUGUCCUAAUGUGCGGUGGAGCGAUAUCGGAGGACAAGAGGAGCUGAAACUGAAACUCCGCCAGAUCAUCGAUUGGCCCAUUCACCAUCCGGAACUGUUCAUCCGGCUCGGUAUUAAGCCACCGCGAGGCCUUCUUAUGUUCGGCCCACCGGGCUGCUCGAAGACGAUGAUAGCGAAGGCAAUCGCAACGGAAAGUCGCAUCAAUUUCCUGUCCAUCAAGGGUUCCGAACUGUUUUCCAUGUGGGUCGGUGAGUCGGAACGAGCGGUGAGGGAUUUAUUCCGUCGGGCGCGGCAGGUAGCACCGUCAAUUAUAUUCUUCGAUGAAAUCGAUGCCAUAGGCGGUGAAAGAUCCGGAGAUACCGGCAGUUCGGUUAAGGAGCGAGUUCUCGCUCAGCUUCUCACCGAGAUGGACGGUGUGAGUACGCUGAAGGACGUGCGGAUUGUGGCCGCAACGAAUCGACCGGAUCUGAUUGACCGAGCUCUGAUGCGUCCGGGACGUUUAGAUCGCAUAGUUUACGUUCGACUGCCAGACGAAGCGGCAAGGAGAGAAAUUUUCCGUAUCAAACUAAAAACUAUUCCCACGGCGAUGGAUGUCAACGUGGAAGAACUGGUUCAACGUACUGCCGGGUGUUCAGGAUCCGAAAUUGAAGCCAUCUGCCAGGAAGCGGCUUUGCGAGGACUGCAAACCUCCUUUAAUGUGGAAGCGAUCGAAUGGUCUCACUUUGAGUAUGCUCUGUCGGUCGUCCGUCCACGCACCAGUACCGAAUUGUUACGUCUGUACGACGAGUAUUUGAUGCAACAUCAAUAAGAGGUUUUGCAAAGAAUAAGAAUCCCAGCAUACCCAAUUAAUCAUCCGAUGGAAUUGAGAUAUAUUGCGAUGAAAUAAAUUUCAUCUUGAGUGGGACGAUUUGAAUACAUCUUCAUUAGACGGGUGGUGUGUUAACUUCCGAACAAUUCUACCAUUUGGAGCAGAGGGCUGAAACGACAAACAUUCGAAUGUUUGUUCCCAGGCAUCGUACGGCGUAAGCAAAGAAGAGACGAAACGUUUUAGCACCUUUGGGGUGUCUAUGUUUACGCACGCUGCACCCGAAAUGAAAAGAACGAAAGUAUUCUGGAAACCGUUGGCAGUUAGAAUACAGCGAAGCGCAGACAAGGUGGCCUACGGCGAGUGACAAGUGUAGCUGUGCGUUCUGAAGCUGACGUCGAGGAUCACCGAUCGCUGCUUCGCCCAAGUGAAGGGGAGAGAGUUUGAUGGAGUAAGGAUGAGAGUGAAAAUGAAGGAAGAAAAUUUCCAAGUGAAUUAAAAGGCAAUA